AUGAAAAUCUCUGGAAAUACUUUUAUAGUCACAGGGGGCGCCAGCGGACUCGGUGAAGCUACAGUCAAGACACUGGUCGAACAAGGAGGCAACGCUGUGAUUCUGGACGUGAAUGAAGAUGGCGCAAAGAGACUUGCACAAGAGCUUGGCGAAAACCGAGUGCUUGCCGCUGGAAAAGUAGACGUGACUCAAGAGGAUGAAGUUGCUCAAGCUUUAGCUUUGGCUAUAAAACAAUUUGGUCGUUUGGCCGGUGCUAUCCUCUGUCACGGUAUCCUAGAUGCUUCUCCAUCCAUUACUGGAUAUGGCCCAGGUAACGCUCUAACUAGUUACGACCAACUCAAGUAUGUGAGCAAUGUCAACUUUCUAGGUGCAUACAAUGUUGCCCAGAAAGUGGCGGACAUCCUCAUCAAGCAAGAGCAUAUGACGGACGAUGGUGAGCGCGGUGUUAUCAUCAUGGUUACGUCCAUAGCUGGAUUGGAUGGCUGUAUAUUGGCGUACGGCACUUCGAAAGCUGCUAUUGCGGGGCUGGUCCUUCCCUUUGCUCGAGAACUGGCACCUUAUGGCAUUCGCGUGAUGGGCAUAGCUCCAGGGGCAUUUGAUACACCAAUGACUCAAGUUCUACCUAAGGAAUUCAACGCAGCUGCUGUGCAUCUUCAAUUAUACCCCAAGCGAAUUGGCCAAGCUCAGGAGUUUUCCAGUCUUGUUUCCCUUAUAUUGGACAACGUCAUGUUAAAUGGUAGUGUGAUUCGCCUUGAUGCGGGCACCAGAAUGUUUCAAUAAUAAGAUUGUUUGCGAGGUGUCUUUAUUAUAAUUUAUUAUUGACUAUAUACAAUAGC